GGCCGCCCGUCACGGCGGGGGCGGGAGGAGGGGGGGGUGGGGGGACAGAGCGCGGCCGCCGGCUGAGAUCACAGCGCAGACCGGCUCCCGGCCUCACUGAGCCAAACUGGAUUUCAACCGGUGAUCUGUAAGGUGAGACACUGCGUCCCCCUGCUCCGUCCCUGGGCUGUUCAAGACCACGCGGGGCCACCGAAACUGCCUAAGCUGCCAUAGAAAAGCGAGUCCUGCGUGGGCACGUGCCCCUCAGCCAGCAUGACAAGCGAGGUGGUGGAGAAUGAGUUUGAGUUUUACUCCAAAGCAGAGAAGUACUGGAAGGAUGUGCCCGCCACGGUGGACGGCAUGCUGGGGGGCUAUGGCCACAUCUCCAGCAUCGAUAUCAACAGCUCCAGGAAGUUCCUGCAGAGGUUUCUGCGGGAUGGCCCCAACCGGACAGGGACAACCCGUGCUCUGGACUGCGGGGCUGGCAUUGGCCGGAUCACCAAGCGGCUGCUGCUGCCCCUCUUCAAGACGGUGGACAUGGUGGACGUGACGGAGGACUUCCUCACCAAGGCCAAGAGCUACCUGGGAGAGGAGGGCAGGCGGGUGCGCAACUACUUCUGCUGCGGCCUCCAGGACUUCAGCCCCGAGCCAAACUCCUACGACGUCAUCUGGAUCCAGUGGGUCAUUGGACAUCUCACCGACAACCACCUCUCCGACUUCCUGAAGCGUUGCCGUGCUGGCCUGCGGCCCAACGGCAUCGUGGUCAUCAAGGACAACAUGGCUCAGGAGGGCGUGAUCAUGGACGAUGUGGACAGCAGCGUCUGCCGGGACCUGGACGUGGUCCGUAAGAUCAUCCGCCGAGCUGGGCUGCACCUCCUGGCCGAGGAGCGCCAGGAGAACUUCCCUGAUGAGAUCUACCACGUCUACACCUUCGCCAUGAGAUGAGGAUGGCCGGCGGUGGGAGAAGGUCUCUCCAGGGCCAGCUCAGAGCACGGGCCAGCACGGUGGUUCCUGCCAGGGCCGGGAGGGGUGAGGACCGUGCCUUCACUGCGGGGUGGCAGACAACAGCGAGGGCGUCACGACUCCCUCUCUCCGGGGCUGGUGGCAAGGAUGGGGCUUUGUCUUCCAAGUUGCUGCUGUUUGUGAAAAAGAGGUGUUUGCCAAAUACAUUUUCCUGCUGUUGCA